UGCGCGCGGCGGCAUGGCGGCGGUGGUGGUGGCGUCGGGGGUGGCGCCGGUUCGAGCCCGGUUCCUCACCUCCAAGGAGCAGUUCCACGCGUACCUGCGGGACCGGCGCGAGGAGGAGGAGGAGGAGGAAGAGCAGCAGGAGGAGGAGGAGAUCGGCAUCGGGCAGGGCGAGCCCCCCGCCAAGCGGGUGAAGGCAGAGGGCACCGGUCGGGAUAAGGAAAGCCGAGAGGAUGCUGGAGCCCAGGAGAAGGAGCCCGUGGAGCGGAAGCGGGCGCGGGGGCAGAACAAGAGCAGACCCUGCAUGAAACCCAAGCACUAUGAGCAGAACCGGCUCUGCCCGUCGGUAACGCAGGGCUCUGCAGACAAGUGCUUCUUCGGGCCGCGGUGCCGGUUCCUUCACGACGUUGCUGAGUACCUGGCCAUGAAGCCACCAGACCUGGGCCGCCGCUGUGUCCUCUUCGAGACCUUCGGCAAGUGCACGUACGGGGUCACUUGCCGCUUCGCCCAGGCCCACCUCGGGGACGGCUUCCGGAACAUCAUCGACACGGAGCUGGCCAAGCAGUGGGAAGGGAAGGAGCUGGUGAGGAACAACCUCUCCAAGGAGCUCCAGCACCAGCUGCGCAAGAGGAAGUUCAGCUUCAAGAGGGCUGAGGAGUUCCUGCGUGCUCUGGCCAAGGCCCGUGGUGAUGGCAGGAAGGGAGGCAGGGCCACGGGGUGCUCUGCAGAGGAGCAGGAGGUGUCCAACUGCACAACACCCCAGCAGGGCCAUGGGGACGAUCCUGCCUGUCCUGUGCUACCAGAGCAGGGAGAAGAUCCCAAAGCAGAUGGCUUGCAGAGUUGCAGCCCCAGAGAUGAUGAGGAGGCUUCCUCCAUGCAAACAGUGGGCCCAGUGACAGAUGAAGACGUGAUAAAACUGCGGCCAUGUGAGAAGAAGAAGCUGGAAAUCCAAGGCAAGCUCUACUUGGCUCCACUGACCACGUGUGGUAACCUCCCUUUCCGAAGGAUCUGCAAGCGCCUGGGGGCAGAUGUCACCUGUGGAGAGAUGGCUGUGUGCACCAACCUGCUGCAGGGCCAGGCCUCCGAGUGGGCUCUCCUCAAACGCCAUCACACCGAAGACAUUUUUGGGGUGCAGCUGGAAGGAGCAUUCCCAGACACGAUGACCAAAUGUGCAGAGCUCCUGAACCAGACAAUUGAAGUGGACUUUGUAGACAUCAACGUUGGGUGCCCCAUUGACCUGGUCUACAAGAAGGGAGGAGGCUGUGCCCUGAUGACUCGCUCCAACAAGUUCGAACAGAUCGUCCGGGGCAUGAACUCGGUGCUGGAUGUGCCACUGACCGUGAAGAUCCGGACCGGGGUGCAGGAGAAGAUUAAUGUGGCCCAUAAACUCAUCCCCAGGCUCCGGGAGUGGGGAGCAGCCAUGGUCACGCUCCACGGCCGCUCCAGGGAGCAGCGCUACACGAGGAGCGCUGACUGGGACUACAUAGCAGAGUGUGCUCAAGUAGCCAGCCCCAUGCCUCUUUUUGGGAAUGGUGAUAUUCUGUCUUACGAAGAUGCAAAUCGAGCCAUGCAAAUGGGAGUCUCAGGAAUCAUGAUUGCAAGAGGGGCCCUCAUCAAGCCAUGGCUCUUCACUGAAAUCAAGGAACAGAGGCACUGGGAUAUCUCCUCCAGCGAGAGAUUUGAGCUCCUCAGGGACUUCACCAACUACGGUCUCGAGCACUGGGGCUCCGAUACUCAGGGAGUGGAGAAGACCAGGAAGUUCCUGCUGGAAUGGCUCUCGUUCCUGUGCAGGUACAUUCCCGUUGGCUUGUUGGAAUUCCUACCUCAGAAGAUCAAUGAGCGGCCGCCCUACUACAUGGGGAGGGACUACCUGGAGACACUGAUGGCGAGCCAGAACGUGGAUGAUUGGAUCCGAAUAAGUGAGCUGCUGCUGGGUCCUGUCCCCCCCAGCUUCACCUUCCUGCCUAAGCACAAGGCCAAUUCCUACAGAUAGGACUGAGGAGACUCUUUCCCAUGGCCUGGAGUCAAGAGGAGGCAGCAGGAUGCUGCAUCCAGGGUCCCUGAGCUGCACCAUGGAAGGAAAUAAAGCUCUGAUGUUUGUA